GAGUGGACAGCGCGAAAUCCAGGGGUGAAGCAAGCAGCCGUUGUUGCCCAAUUCCCGUGCCCUCAUUUGCAUCCCCUCCACAACUCCCGGCCGGCUGCAGUGUCCUCGACCUUACAACUACGGAUACAGCAAUACCGUAACUAUCUUCUCAGCCCAUUGAGUCCUGGACUUCCUUUUUCCCAAAGCGAACGGCAAUCAUGAGCUCCCCGCUUCGUGAGCACCCGUCGUCAGCAAACCGAGGUGUGCCGGCCGGCAGGGCAGGCCGCAAGCGUGCUCGCACAAAUGGUGACGAUGCCGCUUCCUCGGUCGGGGCUGCCUCCAGCCCCAUCAUGCCCUCGUCCCCGCCCGCCUUCAAUAUCGCGCACGGUGGCGACGACGAGGACGACAUUGAAGAGGAGGUCGAGAUCCAAGAUGACAUUGACGACAUCGACGAGAUGGCUGAGGAUGAUGUUGAUCUGUUCCGUGAAGGCUUCGAGCGGGACUACCGCGAGAAGCCAGACGAUGACUACGAGGACAUUGACAUCGACGACGAGGGUGAAUACGAGGCUCUGAACCUGGGUGAGAGGAGGCGCCUCGAGGCCCAACUCAAUCGCAGAGACCGAGAAGUUGCUCGGCGACAGCGCAUCCCCGCUGCCUUCCUUCCCGGCGAGGACGACGACCGCGACAUUGACCUCACGGCGCAGCCCCGCCGGCGCAGGUAUCGGUACGAUGAGGACCCCGAUGAGGACAUGGAUGCCGACAUCAUGGACGAGGAGCUCUCGCUCGAGGCCCUGCACGAUGUCAAGGCUUCCAGUCUGACCGAAUGGGUGGCCCAGCCAGCCGUGCAGCGCACCAUCAAGAGGGAGUUCAAAGCCUUCCUGACCGAGUACACAGACGACAGCGGCUCGUCGGUCUACGGCAACCGCAUCCGCACUCUCGGCGAGAUCAAUGCGGAGUCUCUGGAGGUCUCGUACGAGCACCUGUCUACCUCGAAGGCCAUCCUGGCAUACUUCCUUGCCAAUGCCCCGGCCGAGAUGCUCAAGCUUUUCGACGAAGUGGCGAUGGAUGUCGUCCUGCUGCACUAUCCAGACUACGAGCGCAUCCACUCAGAGAUCCAUGUCCGCAUCUUCGAUCUCCCCGUCCACUACACCCUCCGCCAGCUUCGGCAGUCGCAUCUCAACUGUCUCGUGCGGGUCAGUGGAGUCGUGACCAGGAGAUCGGGCGUCUUCCCUCAGCUGAAGUACGUCAAAUUCGACUGCGGGAAGUGCGGUGUCACUCUUGGCCCGUUCCAGCAGGAGUCAAACGUGGAAGUCAAGAUCACGUACUGUCAAAGCUGCCAGUCGCGCGGUCCCUUCACGCUCAAUUCGGAGAAGACGGUCUACAGGAACUACCAGAAGCUCACUCUUCAGGAAUCCCCGGGCACCGUCCCCGCUGGCCGACUUCCUCGGCAUCGGGAGGUGAUCCUGCUCUGGGACCUCAUCGACAAGGCCAAGCCUGGCGAGGAGAUUGAGGUCACCGGCAUCUACCGGAACAACUAUGACGCUCAGCUCAAUAACCGCAACGGGUUCCCGGUCUUUGCCACGAUCCUCGAAGCCAACAACAUCGUCAAGUCGCACGAUCAGCUUGCUGGCUUCCGGAUGACUGAGGAGGACGAGCACAAGAUUCGCCAGCUCGCCAAGGAUCCGCACAUCGUUGAUAAGAUCAUCAACUCCAUCGCUCCCAGUAUCUACGGACACACCGAUAUCAAGACAGCCGUCGCGCUCUCUCUCUUUGGCGGUGUGGCGAAAAAGACAAGAGGCGAGCAUCACGUCAGAGGAGACAUCAAUGUUCUCCUGCUGGGCGAUCCGGGCACUGCCAAGUCGCAAGUCCUCAAGUACGUCGAAAAGACAGCCCAUAGAGCAGUCUUCGCUACCGGUCAGGGCGCCAGCGCGGUCGGUCUCACGGCUAGUGUCCGUCGGGACCCGCUGACGAGCGAGUGGACCCUGGAGGGCGGCGCCCUGGUGCUCGCCGAUAAGGGCACCUGCCUGAUCGAUGAGUUCGACAAGAUGAACGACCAGGACCGGACGUCGAUCCACGAAGCCAUGGAGCAGCAGACCAUCUCCAUCUCCAAGGCGGGCAUCGUCACGACGCUCCAGGCCCGCUGCGGCAUCAUCGCCGCCGCCAACCCAAUCGGCGGCCGGUACAACUCGACCAUCCCCUUCUCGGCCAACGUCGAGCUGACCGAGCCCAUUCUGUCGCGUUUCGACAUCCUCUGCGUCGUCCGCGAUACGGUCGAGCCCGAGGAGGACGAGCGGCUUGCCCGCUUCAUCGUCGGCUCCCACAGCCGCAGCCAUCCCAUGACUAACACCCAGGGGACGACGGCCGGCGGCGCUGAUGGCGAGUCGAUGGACGUCGAGCCCGACUCCGGCCGCACCGACACGCAAGCCACCACCACCGCUUCUUCUUCUUCUUCUGCAGAGCGCAACAAGGAGGGCGAGAUCCCGCAGGAACUGCUCCGCAAGUACAUCCUCUACGCGCGCGAGCGCUGCACGCCCAAGCUGUACCACAUGGACGAGGACAAGGUGGCCCGUCUGUUCGCCGACAUGCGCCGCGAGAGCCUGGCCACGGGCGCUUAUCCCAUCACUGUCCGCCAUCUUGAAGCCAUCAUCCGCAUCAGCGAGGCCUUCUGCCGGAUGCGGCUGUCCGAGUACUGCUCGUCACAAGACAUUGACCGCGCCAUUGCCGUCACGGUCGAAAGCUUCGUCGGCAGCCAGAAGGUCAGUUGCAAGAAGGCGCUUGCGCGGGCGUUUGCCAAAUACACGCUGGCCAGGCCCGGUGCGGCGGGUCAGAGGAGAGCAGGCGGCGGUGCUGCGCGGGGUGGAAGACAGACUGCUGUUUCGGCUUAACAAGUUUUUCGUCUUGUCUUUUUUUGCUGUGUUUUCGCUUUGGUAAGUCUGUGGGGAGGCGUUCAUGGAUGUGUAUGUCUUGGUUUUCGGUUCGGGGUCAUAUGUUGAGACGAAGCGGUUGGGUUGUGAGGAAAGCUGGGUACAGGAUGGGUGGAUGUGAUACUGUUAUUUAUGGUAGGAACAAUGAAUGUUGUUGGUCUGCGUCAGGGGCCAUCCAAUAUCUCAAUCUAUCACACUAUGUUCACUUUCCGGGC